GCAGUGUCCAGGAGUUUAUGACCUUCACAAGCCAGCUGAUUGUGGACCGUUCACAGAUAGGGAGCCGAGCAGCAGUGAAAGAGCAAGAUUAUCUGUGCCACGUCUGCAUUCGGAAUGAUUCCUUGGCAGGGGUGGUCAUCGCAGACAGUGAAUAUCCUUCCAGGGUUUGUUUCUCGCUCCUCGACAAGGUGCUAGAGGAAUUCUCCAGACAGGUGGAUAGCACAGAGUGGCCUUUGUUCAGCUGUAGCAUGAUCCGCUACACGGGACUGGACGCUUACCUCGCCCGCUACCAGAACCCACGGGAAGCUGACCCGAUGAGUAAAGUGCAAGCAGAGCUGGACGAAACUAAAGUGAUUCUGCACAACACGAUGGAAUCGCUGCUGGAGCGCGGGGAGAAGCUGGACGAUCUGGUGUUGAAAUCGGAAAUCCUGGGCACCCAGUCAAAAGCUUUCUACAAAACGGCUCGGAAACAGAAUUCCUGCUGCGCGAUCAUGUGAUUUGUGGACCUAAACGAACACCCCCCGCCCUCCCUUUCCCAUCUCCUCACUCAGUUACCCCCCAAUCUUGUCAUCUUGGUGUGUACAAAACAGAACGGUUUGCAACCCAUUACAAAUGUUCUCUCCCUCUCUGUGUGUGUCUCUGUCUGUCUCAGCAGCCUGUAGAAGGAUGGUCUGUGAGCCUCCAGUACCACCACAGGUGGUAUCAGUUGCAAACGUUUAUUUUUUGAACCCGCACCCCCCUUUCUCCUGCCAGGUCGUGUGGGCAAGAGCCCCCAAAUCCCUGUCUGAGUUCCAAAGAGACCUCCAGGAGCUCCCGCGUUGCUUUGAACAGAGUGGUUUUGAGCUCUUAUUUAAAACUAGCUUGUGAAUCGUCGUGAUGUGUUUGCAGAUAGAGCACGCGUGUGCUUUGUGUGUCUGUGUCUACAGAUGGUCGUGUCACUCUUUAAGCUGCCCUGCAGUCAUUCCUAUCGAUAUACCUGAGCCAUUCCUCCUUUACCUCCAUGCUGGGGCGGGGGCCUGGACGCCUGUCUGCUGUUUUUCCCCGGGUUGUUGUCAGAAGCACCUUAAAACUGCCUGGUUUUCCCCUGCGGAUUGCUGCAAUGCAAGCUGCUUUUGGUGGAGGUGGGGAUGGGGGAGGGGAGACAGAAGGGGGCUUCUGCUUCUGCCGCUGGAAUCCAGCCGGUCCCGGGACGGCGAGCAGAAACGCGCGAGGCACUAACGAUUAAAAUAGAUCCCUCGGCGCAGAGAGAGCUGCCGGGCACUGUGUCCGUGGGAGAGAGCUUCCCAGGAAACUGCUGUGUGCUUCUUUUAAUCCAGCGUGGAACUAGACAGUGUUGGGUAAAGGGAGUAAUAUUUGAAUGCACUGGCUUCCCCCUCUGGCUCCUGUAACCGCCCUGAGGUGGUGGGGGGGUGGGGAAGCAGGGGACAUCUAUUUUGCUGUUUGCAUCCUUAGAGCCGUGCCCUUUUUAAUCCCCAAACACCAUAACAGUAUUGUGUGCCAAGGGAUGUUGCCUGGCAGUUCUUAUGCCAAGCCAAUCCACUUACCCCAUUCCCCCACCUUUUGGGUGUAAAAGUGAUGCAAAUGCCUUCAAUGGCCCGCUACAAGAUGGGCAUUAACCUUGUCAGCGGCUUGCAAAUGCGCGCAGAGAGAUUCACACUUCAAGCGCUCCUUCGGGCGCGUUGUGCUGCGUCGCAGGCAGUGUGCUCCGAAUCUCUCUGCUCCCAUCUAGGGUUUUGCAUUUUUGUUUAUUGUGUGGAGGGGAGACUGACUGGCAAGGCUGGAGGUAGACUGUCACUUUAUGCCAGGGCAGCCCCUGUUAGGGCACCAGUUGACUGAAGACUGGGUCAGAGGGAGGCUGUUUCUUCCGCCGCCCCCCACCUCACUGACGGCUAAAGUUGGCGCACACUAUUGGACUGGAUGGUGGGGUUUUGUUUUGCUGAAGUGGUGGGAGAGGGGGGGGGAAGCGGUCUCGAUUAGAUGCUGAAAUUGUAACGCCGCUGUACAAAUGGAGUACUUGAACACUUUAUAUUAAAAAAAAGCAAAAAAAAAAGCUGAAGAAUUUUUAUAUAAUCAGGCGAAAUGUAAAUGUGCUCUAACAGAUAACUUAUUUUAGUCUUGUUUGUAAACUUAACACAAAAUGCUUACUGGUAAACUUCAGUUCAAGGUUUUUGUAUUUUGGAGUUGCUGGUUUAAAUGUGAUGCAGUGAUUCUAUUGACAGUUGUCAUCUUGCCUUUUCACUCCUGUAUAAAUACAAAAUUUUGCUUUCAAAA